UAGGUUUCAUGACACUACUAGGUGCCCGCCUUUUUGCCAGUGAAAGGGGAUCGAAUGCUAACUACUGUGCUAUGAUUUUGCUCUCUCCCUUCCCCGACCCAGCGGAAAGCAACGGCUGGGAGCGAGGUUCUAAGGGAUUGACCACGCGGCGGGUCAGUUGGGCUCAGCUUCCCGAUUUCAGAUGCGGGAGGAAAACGCAGCUGCAGCCGCUAUACAUAAGGUUCUUCCUCGCCAUGUUUUGGAAGAAAGUGGUAGCUGCGGGAGUGUUAUUACUGCUGGGUUACAGUUCAGCUUUGUGGAGGUAUAGAACAAAUUCUAAAACUUAUGCUAUUUUCAGCACGAGAACAACUAUCUAUUUAGAAUAUGAAGGACCAAAUUUUAUAGAAUGGGAAGCCCCAGUAGAUUGUGACAUUUCAAAUCGAAGUUUACAAAAAACAGAAAUGAUGUGUGGUGUUGAAGGUGUUCAUAUAAUAAGACCCAAAAUUUGGGGUAAGUCAGAAGAAGCUGAGAAACGCUAUUUAUUUGUGGAUCGUCCUAGUGAAUGCUUUUUGUGGUAUUACCAAUCAAGCCAAGUGGCAAACAAAUCUCUUCAGAAUAUAGUGAUGUGGAUAUAUGAUCCAGAAAAUGCAGGUCCUGAUGAGUUGCACAAUAAUGCAUCACACCCUUCAGUCAAUUCCAGAUCAAUUACCAGACAGUUUGUCAGCAUGGGAGAAUAUCCUAUUGUGGUAUCAAGAAUAUCUUUUGAAGUUUUCAAUCCAGAAGUCCAUAAAAGAGAAGGGAUCUGGAGAGUGCAAAUACCACACCAAAAAAGGAACAUUUUUUUGUUCAUCAAAGGGAAUUCAGUAGCUUUCCAGGACUGCUUUAUUGCACCGUGUAUGGUUGUAAUAUCUUAUGUUAAAUAUAAUUUCUCUGAAAACUCUGGGGACCUACCCAUAACGACAAAUACUAAAGAAAAUAUACUUUUUGACUGGCCCCCGUGUUUUUCCACAGCUGUUGUCACAACUUCACAUUGGGAGACUCUUUAUACAAAAGACGGUUUUAAUACUUCACAGAAGAUCAGAAUUCCUCCCAACAUACUUACUGAUGAAGAAAGGGGAAAUGUACAAGACAUUAGCUUAAUAGAAGAAGGAAUAAUAUUUUUAACAGCAGGUUCUCUUUACCUGAGGAGAAACAACGAUUUCAUAAAACUUGACCAGAGGUUUCAAAUUCCUCCGAAUAUAAUCGGUACAGAAACAAGAACCUGGUGUUGGCCUGAUUAUGUACCAAGGAAAGGACUAGAAUUAAGUGAAAUAAUAUUGUGGACAGAAACAGAAGUCUUACUUGGAUAUACCAACUUAAGAUUUUUCUCAUUAAUACAACUUGAAGAGCUCCUGGAUAUUCUGAAUUUCAAUCAAGAAGACAAAAAUUUGUUUUCUAUACAUGUUGCUGCUUAUACCUCAGAUCCAGCUGGAAUUGGUUUGAUGAUAGCUCACAAAUUAAAAGGGAGUCAAAAUAAUAUUUUACAUCUAGCAUUCUAUAGUGAGGAUACACUUAAAUGGGAACUACAAGACUUUUUACUGUCUUUCUCUCAUAACAAAAAAUUGAAUACACAAUUCUUUUAUACAGCAUUGCCAAAUUUUGUGAUAUGGGAUGACACGACUGUCUACUAUAGCUACCAAAAUUAUUCAAAACAUGGAUUUUUGCGUACAUCUCUUGGAGAAGAAAACCUAUCAGAUAUAGCAAGUGGUAGCCACAUUCACCAAGUUUUUAUAGAUUUGUUUGGGAAUGGUGUGAUAAAAAUGCACAAUAAUAUUAUGCUUUAUUUCAAAAAUGAUGUUACAGAUGUAGCUUUGCUACAUGAAUGGGUUGAUAAAAUGGCCAAUACAAUAAUUUUAGCCAACCCUAGAGGGGAGCUACUUCUUGUAACUCUUAAUUAUGGCAAAGCAAAAGUGUUAGAAUAUCCAUUACUGUUGGAGGUAUAUAGUUCAACUUAUGAAGAAGAUAGUAGUUGUCCAUAUAUAUUGUUUCAAAGCAAUAUUUAUUUAAACAAUAUCUAUUUGGACAAGAGAGAUGAACUGACAUUUUGGUCUCAAGUAAUAUAUCAUGAGAAUUUUGGUGUAUAUUCUAUUGUGGAAACCUAUGGACCAGAUAUAUUAAAGGAAGAGAGAUUUGCUGAGUAUGAAAUAGCCUUGGGAGUCUGCACUAAAAAUCUGACAGUGACAUUUUACCAAAGGAUUGACUAUGAAGCUGUAAAUAAUUACAACCAACUCCAAGAUGAACAUACUGGUCAUGUGAUUAUUCAACUGCGACCCAGUCAAUUUGCAAAAACAUGUCCAUUAUCUCAUCAGGCAGUUCCUGUAUUUGUUGGUUGUUAUCCACACAGACAUAUUGUACUCAAAGGAUAUGAGGAGAAUGUAUGUAACUAUACGGAGUUGGAUUAUAUCAUUAAAGGGCAAUUUUUGAGGGGCAAUCCAUCUCAACACAAGCGUGUACACUAUAAUAUUAGUGAAUAUGGCUGCCCUUUGAACAUUUAUAUGUUUGAAAGUUUUCACCCUGUCCUUCAAUUAUAUGAUGGUAACCAAUUCAUUGAAGAUAUUGAAGUAAAUUUUAUUAUCUGGGAGAUAUAUGAAAGAAUUGAUUUUAGCUAUACCUUAACCAUGCAUAGUGCUGGCUGCGUGAAUGAAGCACAGACAUGGAAGUCAAUGAUGAAAGAAAAUAAAGACCUCCCCAUAGAGAAAGUCUGGGGCCCUGAUAAUUAUAAACAUUGUUUUUCAUUUUCCACUGGAAAAGCUGGAGACCUAUCACAACCAUAUGAGAUUAUCAACUCUUCUAAUAACAAUAAAAUAAUGUGGAAAAACCGCCAAAUUGGCUUUUAUGUGUUCCGGGCUAAGAUCAUUGAUCCAAACUACAGUUUCUGUGAACUAACAGCCACCUUUGCAAUUGAGACAUUCGGCAUACUUCCAAAAACAGAUCCUAUUUUGGUUUUAUUGAUCAUGUUUUUCCUGAUAAUUUUCAUCUUCAUUUGCCUACUUAUCAGCUACUUCCAUUAUUUAAAGAUCUUUCGAAAAUUUAUUUAUGAACCAAGUCUACAAUCAAAACAUAAAAAUAAACAAAAACAUUUGACAAGACAACACAGCUCAUAAAUAUUGUUUAUAUUUUUGGUAAUAAGAGAGGAUAAAGAAAAUAAAAUUAUCUUGUCCAUAGUAAAUAAGUGCAUUUAGGAACCAAAUUUAGCGUGUGAAAGAUGUUCUCUGAGUUACCUGUAGACUUAAAAUUCUCUUAUUUUUGUGAUAUGCUUCCUUAAAUGGUAUCUAAUUUUAAAAGAUUCUGAAAUAUUCACACACUACAUUUCAAAUAGAGCUGGACUUGACUAGAAUGGUUACUUCAAUGAAACAAAUAGUAACUUCUAAAGUAGUUGAUGAUUCCUGUAGGAGUGUGCUAAAUUUGGAAAAUUGACUGGUCAGAUAUACCAGUUUGAACCUUGCUUAAUAGUAUGUACAUUUAAGAAACCUGAAAUCUGAACCAAUAGAAAUCCAAUAAUCUGCUAGGAUAACAAAUUCACAUUUGAAUUAUUUUCUUUGGUAAAAUUUGGGGCUGGCCUUGUUUGGUUUUUGUUUUACAUUGAAAGAAAUUUUUGUUUUUGUUGCUGGUUAU